CCCGGCGGCCCCGCCAUGCUCCCCAGCGCCGCGGCGGCCCGCGCCGGCGCCUCCUGGGACGCGGCGGCCGCCUCGGCGCUCCUGGGCUGGACCCCCGCGCCGGGCUUUGGCGGCCUGGGCAAGAGUUUCCUGAUCGAGAACUUGCUGCGCGCGGGGGCCGCCCCGCCGCUCGCGCCGCCGCCGCCGCCCCGGGCCCUGCCGGCCGGCCCGGUUCCCCUCCAGCUGUGCCCCGCGGCCGAGCACGUGCGCGCCGGCGGGGCGCCCUGCGGCCCGCGGUGGGCGGUGCAGGCGCUCAGCCCGUCGGCGGACGGCGCGGGGCUGCCGGGCCGGGCUCCGGGGGACCGAGACUGCGCCUUCCGGCCUUCGGCCCCAGUGCCUUCCAAACCUUGCUUUCUGAGCGCACCCCCACUCUGCUCGGCGUGCUGCGGUGAGUCCUGCCAGCGCCCUGCAUCCGCCACUGCUUUUCCAAGAGAAGGCGGAGGGCUGCCUCUCCUGGCUCAGGACUCUAAUGCUAAAGCUCGGAGGGGUAUUUUAAGAAGAGCCGUCUUUUCUGAGGACCAGAGAAAAGCUCUGGAGAAAAUGUUCCAGAAGCAGAAAUAUAUCAGCAAGACAGACCGAAAGAAACUUGCCAUCAGCUUGGGACUGAAGGAAUCGCAGGUGAAAAUUUGGUUUCAGAACAGAAGGAUGAAGUGGCGGAACUCCAAAGAAAAAGAAGUGCUUUCCAACAGGUGUGUCCAGGAAGUGGGCCUCCAAGGGGACCCCCUGGCCCGGCCUGCACUGGGUUUCCCUGCUCCGUGUCCUUCGCUCUGGGAAGUCUGCCGGCAGCCGAGCCCUAGGUGGAGGGAAAGCGCACCGGAGCCCUUGGACAGACUCACCCGGGAGGGUCCCGGGGCGCCGUGCCCCGUGGCACGGGCCCUGCCGGGUGCCUUGUUCAUGUGUCCUGGAGAAGCUGGAAGCGAGGGCGCGCUCACCGAGUCUGUCUGAACGGAAGCGAGUGUCCCUCCGUGUUGACUUAGAACACUUAGCUGAUAACACUUAGCUUUGGAUCUAAAGCCAGCUACCCUGUGUCUCAUCAGUGCCUAAAACCUAACACCUCUGGAGUGAUCCAUGAACUAAUGCUUUAGGAAAACUCUCUCCUAUGUUCUCUUUUUGGGUCCCAGAUUCAGACUUAAUUUGUCGGCGGAACAGAAUCUCCAAAAGGAACGAUGGAUGGGACAGAAUGAGAGUACCAGUUGGCUCAGCCCCUGCUCUGAGUAGACACGUGUGUAUCUCUACGUGUGUGUGUAUAAAUAUUCAUUAAAACACAUUAGUAUAAACUAGUUCCUCUUUUAAUAUUACAUUUCCUUUUAUAUGAAGAAAAACCAUUGACCCAAAUGUUAAUU